CCUUCUUCCUCCUUCCACUUCGAAGCUGAUUCAAGCGUGCAGUGCCAUUAAGCGAAAAUGUUGACUAUACGAGAGAUCGUGCAGCUGAAGCAGGUGAUUCGGCAGUGGCGGCAGCGGCUGUCCUGUCAACCAGGGGAAGUGGCGACGGUCCCCGCUGGGUACGUGCCGCUGUACGUCGGGCUGGAAGGGAAGCGCUUCGUGGUGCCGGCCCGGUUCUUGAAAUUGCCGGUCUUCGUGGAGCUACUGAAGCGGGCGGAGGUGGAGUACGGGUUUGAGCAGGCCGGAGGCCUCGCCAUCCCCUGCGACUCGGACUUCUUCCAGUGGGUCGUGGACGCGCUCCGCCGAAACCACGCCUCGUUCGGGGGACUCAGCUUCGACGAGCUCCACGACCUCUUCUCCCGCCACUGCGACGCCGGCCCCUGCAAUGCCACCACCCCCGCGGCUUGAGUUUGAUUGUUGUUCGUUAUGCAUUGUUGUUUUGUGUCUUCUUUUCCUUUUACUGGGAAAUGUAAUGAUAAAUAUGCCAUUUAAAUGAUGAAAGGAAAAAAAUAAAAAAAAGGGAGUGUAUAGUGGUAAAUCCAUCCAUGAGAUCCUAAACAUCGAGACUGAAGUGAGAUGCGAGCUCUCAAGUAACCUUCUCCUCCCCUUCCUCUCGUCUCUUUAGGGCUUUUAUUUAGGGUUUUGAGGGUCUUUGGGAUGAUAUUGAUGCCGAUGAUAUCCAGAAAAACUUGAAUUUUUUUACUGCUGAUUUUUGUUCUUCCUAGCGUUUGAAGGCUUAUCAAUUUCGCACAGAUAGAUCGGUAGCAAUCUGCUGUUACUGCUCAUUUCUCAUCAGACAUUGCACCAAACAUUGCCAUGUGGAAACUGUCACAUAUUUCAUGCACUAGUUUGGAUAAUUAUGGCAAACUGAAUAAUUUUCUUUCUUCAGCAGUGGAUCACUUUGUUUUGCAUUCUCAUCUUUAAUUAUAUAUUUUUUGUCAUCGAAUUUACAGUUUGUGUAAUUUCUUCUGUUGAUGCUGUUUCUUUGUCGCAAGUUAUAUCGAAUAAUAAAUAUCUCACAGAAUUGUGGAAAGUAUCUGCUCGUGGCGAUUAUGAUAAAUAAAUGACUUCUUUUAGUUCUGGAUCAUUUUCUUUUAUUUUUGUCAGUUCUAGUUUAUGUACAAUCUGCAAAAAUUCUGACCAUUAUCCUUUGAUUUGCAAAAGUAUCUCCAGGGCUCCAAGCUUGAUGGUUGCUUGGCCUUCUGGCAACUUGUUUCAAGAUGUCGAAGAGACCAUAACAAGUGUAGCAUCACAAAAGCAAUUGCUGUUGCUGUCCAUAUGAUUUGCCCUCAAAGUGAAAAAGGCUGAGUUGAAAGGCAGCAAUCACGGGGGAGUCAGCAUCUUCCUUUUAGGCUCCAUGAUUCACAGUGCCAGCAGUGUGAUGGUGUUAGGCCUCUGCAUGGGUUGGAAGACUUGGUGUGAUGAGGAAGAAACAAAGUGUGAGACCCCUGCUGACCUGGGAAGCUCCCGAUUUCAACAGGUACCUUCAAGUUGGUCUAUGACGACAGUACACAAAUGACUGCGUUCUCUCAGGUUCAGAGUAUAGAAGAUGGAGCAUUGGAGUUCUCUAUGGUGCAUCCAGCCAUAGCAACCAGGAAAGAUGCAGAUCAAGCAUUGCAAGUUGGCUCUUCUAAGCCUCCAAUCUAUGAGAGUGAUUAGACU